ACACCUUUGAGUGCCGUUGCAGCUAACUUCUCCAUUUCUUCCGUCUUCAAAUCGCCCUCACACACAUCUUAAGAUCUUUGGAUUCCGAGAGUUGAAGCACGCAAUUGGAUACAUUUUGAUCUUCAAUUCUUCCGUAAGACUUAGAUAGAGGAUGGCGGUGAGAAGACCGGGUUUAAUUGCUUUGUUUGAUGUGGAUGGCACUCUUACUGCUCCAAGGAAGGGGGUUACUCCAAAAAUGUUGAAAUUCAUGCAAGAUUUACGGAAGGUUGUUAAUGUUGGCAUUGUUGGAGGAUCUGACCUUGUUAAGAUAUCCGAACAGCUAGGGUCAACAGUUAUAAAUGACUAUGAUUACGUGUUUGCUGAGAACGGCCUUGUGGCCUAUAAGGAUGGAAAGCUAGUUGGAACACAGAGUUUGAAGACACAUCUCGGGGAUGAAAACAUCAGGGACUUCAUCAAUUUUACCCUUCAUUAUCUUGCGGACAUAGAUAUCCCAAUAAAAAGGGGAACUUUCAUUGAGUUUCGAAGUGGGAUGAUCAAUGUGUCACCAAUUGGGCGAAACUGUAGUCAAGAAGAAAGAGACGAGUUUGAGAAGUAUGAUAAGGUUCAUAACAUACGUGCAAAAAUGGUGGAAGUUCUUCGAGAAAAGUUUGCUCAUCUUAAUCUUACGUUUUCCAUUGGUGGCCAAAUUAGCUUCGACGCCUUCCCACAAGGUUGGGACAAAACUUAUUGCUUGAAAUACUUGGAUGAAUUUGAAGAAAUUCACUUCUUUGGAGACAAGACUUACAAGGGGGGAAAUGAUCAUGAGAUUUAUGAAUCUGCACGAACCGUUGGUCACACAGUUACGAGCCCCGACGAUACUAUGGACCAGUGUACUACUCUAUUUCUGAACAAGCAAGCUUGAGGUACCCGACCCAUCUUUCUGUCAGUUUCUCGGAAAAAAGCCCGACCCCGGUGCACUAAUUCUUCGAUUCUGUAAGGUCCGGGAUGAAAAGCCGUUGUAUGCAAUCUUUUUGUUUCGUAUUUGCAUAGAGAUCGUUACCCUUCUUUCGGUUUUCAGUUAUUAUUUGAGGUCUAAAAUGUAAUUUUGCUUGUACUGCAUUUCAAGUAGACAUUAUAUAUGGAAAGGGUGGGAAGCAACUGUAAUUCUAAUGAAAAUUGCAACAGUUUUUAUUUGAUAAUAUCUUGUAUUAACUCUCAUGAUUCAUCAAUAAUAUCUAGAGAUAUAACGGUG